AAUAUAUCAGGCUGACAGCUCUGUCUCAGUACCCAGGAUUGGGUGUACCAAGAUACCCACACGAUGCCAGCCUAGCCUUGCCUGCUCAGAUUUCCUCUCUAGAUCUGAUUGCCAUCUGCAUAGAGAACAGGCAGCAGCAGCAGCCUCUCCUCCCUGCUAGAACCUGCCCUGCUACACUGGAUUCUUCCAAUCAGAGGGAAAGAGAUUCAUUGCACCAGCUGCCCCCCCCCUUCCUCCCCUAUUCUCCAGCAAGAGAGACAAGACUGGGGGCUCCCCCCCAUCUAUCACCCCUUUAUUUCUAGGAGCACAUCCUGCAUCAUCAGGCCACAGAGCAACCCUUUGUAUAAGGGGGUCAUCAGCAGAGAGCUUUAAUGUUUCUGCAAAUUCUCUCUCCUAAAUGGAUGGCUAGGUUGUUUAUGGAUUUGUCCUUUCGCUGGCAUUCUUGCUAUUUAUUAAUGUGCCAAGCUGGUCUAGAGCAGAUUUGGUAAAAAAACAAAAAACAAAAAACACGCAGUGUCAGCUAGGGUGCUGAAUUCAAUCGGAGAACAAAGUCAUCAAUUGUGCCCGUCAUGGAGCAAGAGCAUAAAAUACAAAGCAUCCAGAUCCCUUCCUCUUUGGGGUACAUGGACCUUCUCAUUAAAAGUGGGGAACGGUUCCUUGGAGCGCUGAAAGAAUGUAAAGACUGUGGCCUGACAUCUUCCUGGAAUACAUUACAAGCACAUGCCAAAUUCACCUGGAUAGAGAUGCUGUGCGUGGUCAUGUGUGCGCUGGCAUGGACAGGUCUACGAAGAGCGACCGCCAAAUGGAUCUUCCAGCCAUUUGGUAAAUGGUGCCGAUUGCGACCAAAAGAAGCAGAGAAAGUUCCUGAGAGUGCCUGGAAAUUCCUUUUCUACUGUGCAACCUGGUCCUAUUGCUCGUACCUUCUCUUCUUCACCAAGCACAACUUCUUUAACGAUCCACACUCUGCUUUCCGCGGUUGGACAUCAGGAGCAGACGUUCCCAACGAAAUUGCCCUUCUGUAUUUGGUUCAAGGCAGUUUCUACGCACAUUCAAUAUAUGCAACCCUGUACAUGGAUGCAUGGAGAAAGGACUCUGUUGUCAUGAUUCUGCACCAUUUAGUCACCUUUACUCUUAUACUUUUCUCCUAUGCUUUCCGGUACCACAACAUUGGGAUUCUGGUACUUUUUCAUCACGAUGUUAAUGACAUAGUAUUCGAAUUUUCCAAACUAAACGUCUACUUCAAAACAAGAGGUGGAACUUACCACAAAGUGAACAGCAUCAUUACAGAUAUUGGAUCCGUCCUAUUUAGUGUGAGCUGGUUCUGGUUCCGACUCUACUGGUUUCCUAUGAAAGUGCUUUAUGUCACUUGUUGUUCCAGCCUUGAGUCUAAUCCAGACAUCCCUUUUUAUUUCUUCUUCAAUGUUCUCCUAUUUGCACUGACACUUAUGAAUAUUUAUUGGUUUCUGUACAUAGUGAUGUUUGUCGUGAAAGUGUUAACAGGUCAAAUUAAAGAAGUGAAUGAUGUCCGAGAGUAUGAGAUCUCUGAAAACCAGAAAGAAAAAGUUUUGAAUGAUUCUAAAACAUUUUCAUUCAAGAACACUUCGGACAACAAGCAGCCCAUGGUAAAUGGUUUUGUAAAGAAAAAGAGAGUAUAGCAACCGCAGAUCGGUCUUCUCUGAAGAAGAGGUCCCGCGCCCUUAUCUCCAUCCAGUGAAAAGACGCUUUCAUGUUUACUGUCAACAAGGUGUUACAAAGAACUGAUAUUUAAUUUAAUUCAGCUACUGUAUUGUCAGAUCUGCUACAUAAUUCUCCUAAUCUUGAAACUAGAGUAUUAACUUGUUAUUGACCAUUAUUACCUUUAUCUUUAUUAUUAUCUUUUAUUUAUUUUUUAAGAUGCAUUUGCUGCCGAAUUUAAUGAAAUGUUACAGUAUUUCUUAAAUAUAAAAAACUAAAAAUAA